AUGCUGAAUUGGCUACACAUUUUAUUGAGAAGACAUGUGAUACAGUCUUUUCUUGUGAUUUUAUGUACUUUUUCCUUAUGUUAUAUCGUGUUUUAUAGAAAUGUUCUCCCUUUAGGGGAAUGGGAAUUUGCACUUCAAGAAUUGAAUGGAAAACUAAUGUUUGAAAAUGCUACGACACAGAGAACGAACUCAACUCUCCUUACACUUGCUAGAAACGCUGAUUUGAACGAAAUGAUUGAAACUGUGUGGAACUAUGAGUCUCGGUUCAACAAACGGUACCACUAUCCUUGGGUUUUUUUGAACGACGAACCGUUCAACGAGGAGUUUAAGUCUAUAAUUGGCCGUCUUGUGAGUGGAGAUGUCACGUUUGGCACAGUUCCUAAACAUCAUUGGCAAUUGCCAGAUUGGAUUGACCGUCAAGUUGCAUCAGCUCGUUGGAUGCAGUUAGGUGCGGAUAAUGUGCUUUACGGAGCCAUGGAGUCUUAUCAUCACAUGUGUCGGUACUUCUCUGGCUUCUUCUACAAGCAUUCGCUUCUUGAGCCAUAUCGCUAUUACUGGCGUAUCGAACCCGGUACGCGGUUACUGAAUGGAGUUCCUUACGAUCCGUUUCGGAUAUUGAUUCAGGAAAACAAAACUUAUGGCUUUAAUAUUGCUAUCCAUGAAAUUGAAGAGACGGUGCCUUCGUUAUGGAACACCACGCUUGAAUUCCUUGGGCAGCAUCCAAGUGCUCUCGCUCCAAACAACUUGUGGAACUGGAUUUCAAGUUUGAACGGCACAGAAUACUCGAUGUGCCACUUUUGGUCGAACUUUGAAAUUGCCGACUUGGAAUUUUUUAAAAGUGAUAUCUACAAUGCCUACUUUGACUUUCUAGAUAAAAAAGGCGGAUUUUUCUAUGAGCGAUGGGGAGACGCUCCCGUUCACUCAAUUGCAUUGGCUUUGUUCUUGGACCGUUCAAAAAUAAAGUUUUUCGAUGAAAUCGGUUACUCGCAUGCACCGCUCACGCAUUGUCCCCAUGGAAAAAGCAAUAUGGCAUGUGACGGGCGCGAUAGUGUUGAUUUUACGAGUGGCAGUUGUUUGCCAUCCUUCCUGAACUUAACAGAAGGCUUCCACUACAAUUUAACAGCUCACAGUUGA